AUGACCAUCAUCACCACCACCACCAUCGACCCCAACGACAACAUCAUCAUCCUCGGCUGCGGCAUCAUAGGCCUCUCUACAGCCUACUACCUCUCCCUCUCACCAACCAACACCAACCCCAUAACCCUCAUCGAUCCCUCCCCGGAACUCUUCUCCUCUGCCUCCGGCUUCGCAGGUGGCUUCCUCGCAAAAGAUUGGUUCUCCCCCUCCCUCACCCCCCUCGGCGCCCUUUCAUUCAACGAACACGCCCGCCUGGCAGCUGAAAACAACGGCAGAGAAAAUUGGGGGUACACACCCUCUACCUGCAUCUCUUAUAUCCAGCACCAGGACGGAUCAAAGCAGCAGAAACGAGGUGAUGACUGGUUGAGAAGUGGGACGUCAAGGGUUAAUGCCGCGCCUGUGGAGGCGGAACAUGACGAGGCGAGGAGACCGGGUUGGUUGAAGAAGAAGGAGGGGGAUAAAGUCGAGGUUAUCAGUGAGGAGGGGACGACGGCGCAGGUUGAUCCUUUACGACUCUGUCAGUGGUUGUUGGGGGAGGUGAUGAAAAGAGGGGGGAAGGUGCUACAGCCUGCGAAGGCGACGGGGUUGGUGAGGGAUGAUCUUACAGGGGAGGUUAAGGGGGUGAAAGUGAGGGACUUGAAAGAUGGAAGUGAGAGGGUUGUGAAGGGGAAUAGAGUUGUGAUUACAGCUGGGGUUUGGACACCAAAGGUGUUUAGAACGCUGUUUCCCCAGGCAAAGGUAGGGAUGAGGGUGGGGAGUUUGGCUGGGCAUAGUAUUGUCGUUCGGACACCAAUUUGGGAUACAAGAGAGGGGGAGGAAGAGUGUCAUGCUGUUUUUACUACGCAUGAAAAGAACUUCUGUCCGGAGAUGUUUUCGAGGUUAGGCGGAGGAGGGGAGGUUUAUUUUGCGGGGUUGAAUGAUUCUACUUUGGAGGUUCAGGAUCCGGAGAAGGGGAAAGCCAGGCCGUUGGAUGAGCAGAGAGGGUUGCUGAGGGAGGCGGUGGGGGAUAUUAUAAAGGGUGGUGAUGGGGGCUUGGAGGUUGUGAGGGAGGGGUUGUGUUUCCGGCCUGUGACGGAGUGGGGGGCGCCGAUUGUAUCGCAGAUCACAGGGGAGGACCUCGGGAUCAGUGUUCGGGACGGGGGAGUUUGGGUUGCAGCCGGGCAUGGGCCUUGGGGGAUUGCGAUGAGUCUGGGAACAGGUGUCGUCAUGGCAGAUUUGGUGGAAGGAAAGGAGACAAGGGUGGAUGUAAGAGGUCUAGGAUAUCAUGGGCCCAACACUCAUCCUGUUGUCGUUCAUACCAUUUAG